AUGAGAAUAGUUUUUGUUAAUCUUCUUAUGCAAGAUGUCUGGAAUAAAUUCAAGGAGUAUUUAUUAAUCAGGGAAUUGAAUUUAAAUAUUUCGCAAAAAGUUCCUCCUAUAAGUUAAGUCUUUGAUACACAAGCUCAAAGGGACUAAAUGAAAACUUCAUUGCUAACAAAUAAAACAAUCAAGUCCUCUUAAUAUUUAAAUCAUCCAUUCAUUUUUAUACUUUCCCCAUCUUGUUGGAACUAGAUAUUUAUUCAAAGAAUAAUAGAUAUAAGACAUAACAUGAUAUAUUCAUAGAGUUGGAGAUAUGCGAAAAGCCAGAAGUUUAAGUAUUUAUUGGUAAUGAUGAAAGGUUAAGAGUUAGUUAUUAAGAAUCACCUAUAUUUGAAUAUAGAUAUUUAUUAAUUUUUAAGAUUCAUUAAUCAUAAUGUUUCUUUUUUGAUUUUCCAAUUUUCUGAGAAGUUGAUGGCUAUGUUUUUAUUUAAUUCUAGGAUUUCUUAAUCUAAGAUUGGAUUCAGUGUAUCUGGUAUUUUGAUAUUAAAUAAAUUUUCAUUCAAUUUUUCCAAUAUGUAAUACAAAAGCAGGAGUUUUUUGGCAACGAGAUUUAAAAAUUUAUCUUUUUUUGCUUAAAGAACUCUUUGGAAUUUUUUUAGGCCCUCAAAAAGUUGA